AUGCGGUGGAAUCGUUCGUUACUACUCUGGACAUCUGUCUUAUUGGCUGCCGCCAGCUCAUUCCCUAGUGGAGUCUAUGAACUGGUAAAGCGACGACUACCGCAACAUGUCGAUCAAUUUCAAUUCGAGAUCGUCUCUAAUAUUACUACUGACGAUGGGCAUGAUCAAUUCAAGGUAGAGAGUGCUCCCAAUGGCAAGGUCUUGGUAAAGGGUCAUUCCCUCAGCGCUCUUUCUUCGGGCCUUCAUCGCUAUCUAGCUGACUACGCUCAUGUUGACAUCUAUUGGUACAUUGGCAGUCGCCUGGAAGAAGCACCAAAGGAUCUCCCCCGUAUCUCCUCUCCAAUCUACGGUUCUAGCUCUGUUCCCUGGAGAUAUCACUUCAAUACUGUCACUUUUUCUUAUACCAUGGCUUUCUGGACCUGGGAGGACUGGGAGCUACAGCUAGACUGGAUGGCCCUUCGAGGCAUUAACCUACCUCUCGCCUGGGUCGGUCAGGAGAAGAUCCUUAUAGAAGUGUUCCAAGAAAUUGGACUCACCGAUGCUGAGAUUUCUCCAUUUUUGAGCGGCCCAGCCUUCCAAGCCUGGAACCGGUUUGGAAAUAUCCAGGGCUCCUGGGGAGGUGAAUUACCGCGGGACUGGAUUGACGGGCAGUUCGACCUCCAGAAGAAAAUUAUCCGUCGCAUGGUCGAGCUGGGAAUGACCCCUGUUUUACCAGCAUUCACGGGUUUUGUACCUGCUAACAUCAGCCGUGUUUUUCCCGAUGCAGAUGUCAUCCGUGGAUCAGCUUGGGAGCGCUUCUCUUCUCAAUACACAAAUGAUUCCUUCCUCGAGCCGAGUGAUGACCUUUUUUCAGAGCUUCAGCAGAGCUUUAUCAGCAAACAGCAAGCGGCAUAUGGGAAUGUGAGCCACAUUUACACCAUUGAUCAGUUUAACGAAAAUACUCCAUCCAAUGGAGACUCCGAUUAUCUUAAAAAUGUUACUCGCAACACGUUGGGAAGUCUCAAAAGUGUUGAUCCAGAUGCUAUCUGGAUGAUGCAAGGUUGGCUCUUCUACUCAAGUUCUUCGUUCUGGACCGACGAACGCAUAGAAGCAUACCUCUCUGGCGUUGAGAAUGAUCAAGAUCUUUUGAUUUUAGAUUUGUUUUCUGAAUCGAAGCCUCAGUGGAGUCGAACGAAUUCUUAUUACGGAAAGCCAUGGAUUUGGUGUCAACUGCACGAUUAUGGUGGAAACCAGGGUCUACACGGACAGAUUCACAAUAUCACUGAGAACGCUUCGCAAGCCCGAAAUGAAUCCUCGUCGAUGGUUGGAUUUGGGCUAUCUAUGGAAGGCCAAGAGGGUAAUGAAAUUGUUUACGACCUGCUGCUAGACCAGGCAUGGUCGCUUAAGCCAAUCGAAACCAAGGGAUACUUCCACAGCUGGGUCACCAGUAGAUAUGCCGGCUCUGGGUCCAUUCCAAACAGUCUCUACAAGGCGUGGGAGCUAAUGCGAACAACUGUGUACGACAAUACUAACCUCACACUCCCUGCUGUUACAAAGUCUAUUUUUGAACUUCGUCCCAACACCGAGGGUCUUGUUGAUAAGACCGGAACUCAUGGCACUGCACUCACUUAUGACCCUUCGGUAGUGGUCAAGGUCUGGAAUUUGAUGUACAGUGCGGCAGGCUCCAAGCCAGCACUAUGGACCAACCCAAGCUAUCAACAGGACAUGGUCGACGUGACUCGACAGGUAUUGGCCAACGCUUUCAUACCAUUAUACUCGAACCUCAUCUCAACCUACAACAGUUCGAGCCCCAACUCCAAAACCAUUUCACAAGACGGCGACAACAUGGUUCAGCUGCUGGAAGACCUUGACUCGGUCCUUCUUACAAACGAGAAUUUCCGUCUUUCCAAAUGGAUUUCUUCAGCAAGGGCCUGGGCACAUAGAAACAAGACCUUGGCGGCAUUCUAUGAGUAUGAAGCACGUAACCAGGUUACAUUGUGGGGACCUGAUGGUGAAGUUACCGACUACGCCUCCAAGCAGUGGGGAGGACUGCUGUCAUCAUACUACGUGCCACGCUGGAAGCUCUUUGUCGAGUACGUUAAGGAAACCCCUGUUGCGUCGUACAAUGAUACAGCGCUCAAAGAGGAACUUUUGAAAUUUGAGCUUGAUUGGCAGCAGCAGACAUGGUCAGCUCCUGAGCCUUCAGGUGAAGCAAUCGAUUUGAAAAAAGUGGUCACCAAAGUGUCCCUUCGAUGGUCUUCUGUUUUCGGUCUCAAAUAG